GUGGCCUCAACUUUCUUACGAAUAUCCCAUAGAUGAAAUGUGCGUACAGGAGAAAAGUGUACCAAAAUUGGCCAAAAAUUUAAAUGAAAAAGAACUUGUUACCAUACAAGGCCAAAGUUUAGAAAACCCGCAAAGUACAGAAGGCCAUAAAGAUAAAUUAGAAAAUAUUUUGCAAAAAUACAGCAAAAUUCUGAGAAAGAAUAACAACUUGCAUGAGGGUGGAGUCCCGAAUGAUGAAAAAAAAGGCAUCAAUUUAACUUCUCAGACCGUAGCGCAAACAUCAAGACCUUACAAGAUCCAAGAUAUAAAUAAACAUGAUAUUUCUUUUCCAAUUACUAUUAUGAAUAGUGUUCCCGAAGUAGUUAAAUCGAAUAAUGACGAUAUUAUCGCACAUCUGAAAGCACUCCGACAAAAGAAUAGAAAUGUAAGUGCUUUUAAGCAUUCUUCUGGUUCUAUCAUUCUACAAGACGUUCAAGAUCACAUUACUGAACAAGUUACCGAGAAUUAUGAAGACCCUGCAUUUGAUGAAACUCUUCCUAAAACAUCGAAUUUAGAAACAGUCGAUUUUGAUAUAGACCAGUCAAUGUUCAAUCCUAAGACACUUUUGCAAUGUUUGUCGAAAGACUCGGAAUUUGUACCUCCGCCCGUCCAAUUUAGCGAUGACAGGAGUACAAUGCAUGAAACAUUCAGUAGUUCCGCAAAUAUUGAAUUUGAAGAGAAUAAUCACGAAUUUUCAGCUAGAAGUAUUUUUGAUACAAAUGCACAUGCAGUGUUGACUCCAACAAAGGAAAUUGAGACGUGGACAUUUUCGCAAGAUGAUAACGAAUAUAAGAAUUUUAAUCUAAAAGAAUCUUGUACAGUGAUGCGUAUAAAUUCACCAAUAACUUCAACGGCAGCUUGCAACGUACCCCGUAAUAAUCGCAAAGCGAAACUUGAUCAAUUUACUUACAAAGUUAAAAAUAAACUGAAAAUAUAAACGAUAAUUUGAAUAGAAAUGGAUGUUAUGAUAUUAAUUUAAGGAAGAAAUAAAAGAAUUUAAUUC